AUGAAUUAUUCUGAUUUUAUAUCUAAUGAUGCUAGUAACAGUAACGUCCCCGAAGCAAAAUAUAUUGACAAUAUUGAGAAGUUUGUAGGGGACCGUAACUCUGCUGAGUUAACUCAAGUCGCAAAAGAACUUUUAGCAAAAUAUCGUUUUAUGGAGAAAAACUCUAUGUCCAAAAUUGGAUUAAUAAAGGAUAAGUUACCUGAAUUAAAGGACGCUAUUAAUACACUUGAGAAGCUAAAGAAAAAGAAGGAAUCUGGUGAUAAGUCUGAUAUUAUAACAUAUUUUAAGAUUUCUGAUACUUUAUACUCUGAGGCUAGGAUUCCAUAUACAGAAUCAGCAUUUCUUUGGCUUGGUGCCAAUACUAUGGUUGAAUAUCCCAUUGAUGAUGCUAUUAAAUUACUUACUGAUCAACAUGAUGGAAUUGAACUAUUAAUAGAUUCAAUUAAUCUUGAACUUGACUGGAUAAAGAGGCAGAUAACUUGCACAGAAAUAACUGUGGCCAGACUACACAAUUAUACAGUAAUGAAGAAUGCAGCUAAUCAGCCAAAGUCGGAAAAUGUAAAAUAA